CCAUCCCUUCCCGAUUGAAUACUGCUCCCAGUGCCAAAGCCAUCUCCCCCCUCGCCCUUCCCUAAUCCUCGCCUGCCCGGUUUCCCUACGGGAUUUCCUGAAACACUGCGCGUCUCCCGCGGUUAUUCCCUUCCACGCGGUGAUGCUAUUUGUAGAAUUCUCAGCGCCCGCUCCAGACUCCGCUCCUAGCGUCCCAGGAUGGAGCCCAAAGGAGCUCCUGAAAUCGAUGUGUCCAGAAUAAACCCAGGGAGUCUCCGUGAAGGAAGGACCUAGCGGAUUAUACGCUAAUACUGGCCUAGGCGUUUACUUCCCAGAGAUUCCGCCCAGCUGCCAGCAGGACCGAGUCGGGCGAGAACCUUUUCCUGCUAACAGUGGGUUGAGUCUGCGGGCACGAGACCUGCAGCUGCGUUCCCCGCGAGCCUGCAGCCAAGCCAGGAACUCGGGCCUGUCCCCGGAAUGCCCCUAGGACCAGAACCUUUCCGCCGAGUCCAGACCGGGCGCUUUUGGGCGAAGCACGCAGGAACCGGAAGUCAGUGGCGGAGGACGGACCGCGGGCACCUGCUGGUUUAACUUGCAAGAUGAGCGUCCCUAGUUUCUUUAUGGCGGGAGGGAGGUGGAGAUCCUUUCCAGUUCCAUUGGGGUCAUUCCUGUUGCAGGCUCUACGAAAUUGUUGCUGUCGAAAAAAAUACACUGCACCUAAGAACACUACUCCCAGUGUUGCUUUUUGUGAUGAAAAUGCAAAGGACUCUGAAAAUGCACUUGGCAAGCUUUUUUCUUCAGAACAGCAGGCUUCUAUCUUGCAUGUGCUGAAUACAGCAUCUAAUAAAGAACUUCAAGGUUUCAAAUUGCUUCGUGGAAGAAGGUCCAUCAAUAUUGUAGAGCACAGAGAAAAGUUUGGGCCAUUUCAGAAUUUGGAGAGUUUAAUGAAUGUGCCCCUGUUCCAGUAUAAAACUACAGUUCAAGUUUGUAACUCCAUACUUUGUCCAGAGACUAGUGGGAAAAAAAAGUUACAGGAAAACCGGCUCUUGGGAAAGAUCAUCAAACCAGACGUAGGAAGAGAAAGACUUAAGGCAGCUAAAAGUAUCAUAUCUAUUGUUUUUGGUACUCGAAGAAUUGCCUGGGUUCACCUUGAUCAUAAAUUGACAGUGCUGGAUUGGCAGCAAAGUGACCACUGGAAAUUACCGAGCAGAACACACCCGGCAUCAGUCUAUUUAGAAGAGAUUUCAUCAGUCAUUUUGAAGAUGCCUAAAGCAGAUUUCUAUGUUCUGGAAAAAACAGCACUUUCCAUUCAGAACUCAUCUCUGUUCCCUGUACUGUUACAUUUGCACAUCACGGAAGCCAUGCUGUAUGCCUUAUUAAAUAAAAGCUUUGUCCAGGAUGGGCAGCAUCAGGUGCUGAGCAUGAAUCGAAAUGCAGUGGGGAAGCACUUUGAACUGAUGAUCGGUGGCUCCCGAACUAGUGGAAAAGAACUCGUAAAGCAGUUCCUCUCUGAGUCUGUACUGAAGGCAGAUCCUCGGGUGGUCUUCCCAGCAGAUAAAGUCGUCCACUACAGACAGAUGUUUUCAUCUACUGAAGCACUAAGAGCAGAAGAGUUAUAUGAUUCAUUAUUACAAGCUGUCGCCUUCUAUGAAUUGGCAGUUUUUGAUACUAAGUGUUAGAAUUCUGAGGCUGCUCUCGGAAUAAGUUAAUGUUAAAUCAACUUAUUUAUUAGCUCCAAAGUUGUAUGUAAAACCAACUACUUUGAACAUCCAUGUUAAUGGAGAAAACAUGUUUUGAGUGCUUUUUAGAUGUUUAAAAUCUGACUUUUAGCUAUUGUAUACACGGAGCUAAUUCCAAAUCAAAUAUUUUGAAAUCCUGUACCUUUCAGGUUUUAGUGUUAAUAAAAUGCCCCCAAAUAGCCAAAACAAGAAACAAAGUUAUUUCCCUUUAAAAGCAAAUAUCAUUAUUUGCUUUAUUAUGCAUUAUUAUCUUGCAUUAUUAUGUUGUUAAAAUAAGGAAUAAUGAUUUUUGUGUGUGGUCUUCAUUAUGAGAAUAAAGCUAAAGACAAAUGAUGACACAACUUGUAGAAUCUUAUUCUCUAGGUAGAAUGUGGUUUGCUGUACCACAAUUGCCUCCAAAAGGCAAUUUUCAUCAGUUAAAUCUAUUAACCCCAGGACAAACAAGAUUUUUCUAAUGGGCUCUUUUUUUUGCAGUUUUUGGCCGGGCUAGGUUUGAACCCGCCAUCUCUGGCAUAUGGGGCCAGUGCCCUACUCCUUUGAGCCACAGGCACUGCCCUAAUAGGCUCAUUUUUUAACUCUUAAUAUUUUACUUGAUGGUCUUUUGAUAAAAGUAGCACUUAAUUUUUCCCCACAUCGCUCCAUUUUUCUAUUAUGUUUGCCUCAGUUCAGACCCUUACCCAUACCUCCUAUGCUAAACCCACCUCUCUUUGAUGUCAAAAUACUAAACCUUUUCUUUAAACCACAGCUGAAAUGUGCUUGUUGGAAAAAAAUUCAAAUGAUGAAGCCAGGUGUGAUCGCUCAUGCCUAUAACCCUAGCACUCUGGGAGACUUGAGGCAGGAGGAUCCCUUGAACUCAGGAGAUCAAAACUAGCCUCAGCAAGCUCAAGAACCCUUCUCUACUAAAAAUAGAAAAAUCAGCUGAGCCUUUUGGUGGGUAUCUGUAGUCCCAUCUACUUGGGAGGCUAAAAGUAGGAGGAUCAUGUGAGCCUAGGAGUUUGAGGUUGCUAUCAGUUAUGCUGACACCACAGCACUCUAGCCCAAGUGAGAGAGCAAGACUCUUAUGAAGGAAAAAUUCAAAUAAUCAGAAGAAUAUAAAGCAAGAAGUAGAAGUUCUCCCUUCACUGGCACCUCCAGCUUCCUAGAAUUAGUAUACACUCUAGACUUGCUGCUGUGCACAUGUAAAUCUGUGUUUACAUACAUGGCUGUAUACCUAAACAUCUCCAUCUCAAACUAGACAUGCCUAAAAAGGAAAUCCCUCUCUUUCCCUCCAAAUCAGCUCCUUUGCCAUUCUACUUUGGUAAACAGGUUCCUCAGCCACCCACUUGUUCACAUCAGAAACAUGGCAUUCUGCCUCCUACAUAUUUCUGUAAUGCAAGUGAAAAUGUGUCACUUUUUGACAUUUAUAGGAUUAAAUGGAAAGUAUUGAAAAGUCAUCAAAAUUUGGUUACUUUUAUCACAAAAGUGAGUCUGAAUCUUAAGGAAUUUAUCGUACUUAAGAAUGAUAAAGAUGGGCGGCACCUGUGGCUCAGUCAGUAAGGCGCCGGCCCCAUAUACCAAGGGUGGCGGGUUCAAGCCCGGCCCCAGCCAAACUGCAACCAAAAAAUAGCUGGGCGUUGUGGUGGGCGCCUGUAGUCCCAGCUACUCGGGAGGCUGAGGCAAGAGAAUCACUUAAGCCCAGGAGUUGGAGGUUGCUGUGAGCUGUGUGAGGCCACGGCACUCUACCGAGGGCCAUAAAGUGAGACUCUAUGUCUCUACAAAAGAAAAAAAAAAAAAAAAAGAAUGAUAAAGAUGGCUGGGCAUGGUGGCUCACGCCUGUAAUCCUAGCACUCUAGGAGGCCGAGGCAGGUAGAUUGCUUGAGCUAACGAGUUAGAGACCAGCCUGAGCAAAAGUGAGACCCUAUCUCUACUAAAAAUAGGAAAACUGAGGCAAGAGGAUCGUUUGAGCCCAAGAGUUUUGAGGUUGCUAUGAGCUAUGAUGACAUGGCACU